CCUAGCGGGGGCGCUUGUCGCCCUCCUGCUGUCGAGCUUGGCUCAGCCCCACGAUCAUUUUGCCUGAGGUGAAGAACAUGAUGGCACCCCCUCUGAUUCCAUGUGCAGCCAACUGGAGUAGCAGUUAAAUGGCUGUGUGACAGUGUCCUCUACUGCACCUGAUAGCAACAGCCCGUGUUAGUGGGUACAGGGCAUGCUGUGUGGCAAGUAGCUCUCUCCUCCAACAUUUUUGCUGCUGCCUGAGGCACCUGUGCCUGUUGGUAUAUUUAGCCCUGCUUUGUACUUCUUUUCAAAAAUACAUUUUGCAUGAAGGAAGAAAUUCUGCACAUGCUCAGUUGGACUCAGGACAACAGAAUAUGAUAAACUAUUUGAGUACUAUACUUUGAAUGCAUGAUAUAGGCACAGUCUCUGGUACUUCAGAUGUAUCCAGACGACCAUCCCUGGGUCUAAAAAUUGAUCAGGCCCUGUUACAAAUUCCUAAAGAAUUGCUCAGUGAGAACUUGACCAUCUACUGGCUCUCAGAUUAUUGCUACCAGUGCUUGUAUCAGGAGCUGAUUUCUCUCCCCAUAAACAGAACACCUGGAGAAUCUAGUAUUGCAGCUGUUGCGGUGGAUUCUCAGCAUGCAAUCACUCUCAUGAUCAACAGUACUACAGAAGGCAAAGAAUUUUGCAGGGUAUAUUAUCAUUUUGGAGAAUUUGGAAACUAUUCCCUUAUUGUCAGAAAUCUCCACAGCGACAUCCUGAAGAUUUCUUGCAAUAUAGUUGUCCAUCAAAGUCCUGUGAACAGCUACCUCCCUAUUGUCUUUGCAUUUCUAAUUUAUAUGGGCAUUUUCAUUAUUCUGACAUUGGGACGGUUUUGUAUGAACAUUGGACCGGUCAGGAAUUGGCUUUACAAGACGAUGAAUCUCAGGGAAACUGAUCGACUUAUUAAUUCAGAGCUUGGUUCACCAAGCAGAACUGAUUCUGUCAGUGGAGAUCUCCCCGUUGGGGUAUGGACAGUUGCUUCUUCCCUACAGAGACUUCGUUCCCUGGACACAUUCAGAGGAUUGGCACUUAUAAUUAUGGUCUUUGUGAAUUAUGGUGGAGGAAAGUACUGGUUCUUCAAGCAUCAGAGCUGGAAUGGACUAACUGUAGCAGACCUCGUUUUUCCAUGGUUUGUGUUCAUCAUGGGCACCUCUAUUUCACUGUCUCUGAAUUCCAUGUUGAGACGGGGAUGUUCCAAGUGGCAACUGCUGGGGAAAGUCUUAUGGAGAAGUCUCCUCUUGUUUUUAAUAGGACUCAUAGUUGUGAAUCCAAAUUAUUGCCUUGGGCCUUUGUCCUGGGAUAACCUGCGAAUUCCAGGUGUGCUUCAGAGACUGAGCUGUACAUAUCUUGUAGUUGCUGUGCUUGAGCUCCUCUUUGCUAGACCUGUGCCUGAGAACAGUAGCCUGGAAGCUCCAUGCCCUUAUCUCCAAGAUAUUCUGCUUUAUUGGCCCCAGUGGCUUUUCAUGCUGGUGCUUGAAGUGGUUUGGCUGUAUAUCACCUUCCUGUUAAAUAUACCUGGUUGUCCAAGAGGUUACCUUGGCCCUGGUGGUAUUGGCAAUUUUGGAAAGUAUCCCAACUGCACAGGAGGUGCAGCAGCCUAUAUUGACCAUUUGCUUCUAGGAGAGAAACACAUCUACCAACAUCCAACUUCUAAUGUAUUGUACCUAACUACAGUGGCCUUUGAUCCUGAAGGAAUUUUGGGAACAAUCAAUUCUGUCAUCAUGGCAUUUUUGGGACUCCAGGGAGGAAAAAUUUUCCUGUUUUACAAAGACCAGCACAGGCAAAUAAUGCUCCGUUUUUGUGUGUGGAGUGUGGUAAUGGGUGCCAUUUCUGCUGUGUUGACCAAAUGUUCAAAAGAUCAAGGCUUUAUUCCAGUGAACAAGAAUUUAUGGUCAAUCUCAUAUGUGACAACACUAAGCAGCUUUGCCUUUGUACUGCUACUGUCAAUGUAUUACCUUGUAGAUGUUAAGAAGGUGUGGUCAGGUGCUCCAUUUUUCUAUCCAGGUAUGAACUCCAUUCUCGUCUAUGUUGGGCAUGAAAUAUUUGAAAACUACUUUCCUUUUAAAUGGAAGCUGCAGGAUACACAAUCUCAUGGUGAACAUUUGGCUCAGAACCUAAUUGCUACAUCAGUAUGGGUUAUCAUAUCCUAUGGACUCUACAGGAAAAGAAUAUUCUGGAAAAUCUAACUGGAUCAUCUAUAGGUCAAAAAAUGGGACAUGAGUACACUGGAAUGUCCUCAUCAUAUUGAUGCUACUUUAAAAAAAGGGAUCAUACAUUUGAUUUACAUUUCAAGUCAUCUUGAACUGAAACAUGCAUAUUUAUGUUUGCUGACUGACUUGCCGUUUAGUUAAAACAAAGCUUUGUUUAAACUUUUA